AUGCACAUCAUGCAAAAGUUGACAUAUUUCUUCCAGUUUGUCUCAAACUCUGAAAAACUUGUGGUGCUGCGGUUAGGACGAGCGCAGAAGACUCGAGGUCCGGGUGCCACGUUGAUCGUACCCUGUAUUGACACCACUUUCAAGAUCAGCACCACGAUUACAGCCUUCAAUGUACCGCCGUUACAAGUGAUCACGAUCGAUCGUGGCUUGGUUGAGUUAGGAGCAACGGUGUUUCUUCGAAUUCGAGAUCCGGUCUCAGCUGUUUGUUCUAUACAGGAUCGGAACACUUCUACGAGGACGCUGGCAAACACGAUGCUCUAUCGUUAUAUCAGUAAGAGACGAAUAUGCGAAAUCACUAACGGACAUGACCGAAGGAUCCUGGCUGCCACACUAAAAGACGAACUUGGCAGUUUUACCGCAACGUACGGAGUAGAGAUUACGGACGUUGAGUUCUCGGAUGUGAAAGUCUUGAAGGAAGGUGAGAACAUGGGUCUAGCCGCCUUGAGUGCAGUCGUGAAGUCUGAUGCGGGAGUGAAGCUGUGGGAGGUAAUUGCUCCCCAUGUGGAAGAAUUCGCACGUGAAGUCAAAGAGCAAGCAGCAGCUAUGCAGUCCAAAGAUCCAAUGGAUCCUGCAGGACCAUCGCCUGUUUCAGAUAUUACCACGGAGACGUUAGUAGACAUCGGGUCAGCAAGUCGCAGCGCUGAAAAUCUGUCGAUUGACGAAGAUCGCCUGAUUACCAUCAUAAAUAUGGCUAUUGACGAGUCUUUGAUGAAAGCGGUUGGAUGUGUAUACCAGAUAAAAUGCCCUGAAAUAUCAUCGAUAGUGAUCGAUCUGAAACAUCCACCCGGACUAUGCUCCCGAGGUACUCCUGCCGUGAAUCCUGACGUCAUCUUUGAGAUGAGCCAUGACGUCUUCGUGAUGAUCAUCAAACAAGAGUUAUCACCGAUUACAGCCUAUAUGCAAGGUGCAAUGAAGGUCUACGGUCCACUUCAAGACGCCUUGUCAUUGAAGUAUUUAGCCGAACGAGUAAAACAUCUCUUGUAG